AUUUCCCCAAUUUCGCGGUUUGCACUUUGCAGAGCUCACUCAGAUAGAACACCAAACCUCCGGAAAUCGGCAAUGGACAUGAACGGGGCCGCGACGGACGUCGGCAUGGAGGGUCUGAACAAGUGCUUGAGCAGCUUUAUCGACGUCGGAACCGUCGAGAGCCACCGCUACUACCUCGCUCGGAGGACGGUGUUGGAGAUGCUCAGGGACCGCGACUACGCCGUCCCCAUGGCGGACAUUGACAUCUCGCUUCAGGAAUUUCGCGCGAAGCGCGGGGACAGAACGGAUCUCGAUGAUAUGACGAUCACCUCUCUCCAUAAGUACGACCCUGAUAAUAAGGUUCAGGUCAUAUUCUGCGGGUCAAGUGUGAUAAAAGUAAGUACUAUCCGCGGAAUUUUAAAUGGGAUAGCCAACAAGGAGACCUUGAAUCGGUUGAUAUUGGUUGUCGAAAAUCAACUGACCAACCAAGCUACAAAAGCUGUAGAGCUCUUUCCAUGCAAAGUUGAAAUCUUCCAGGUCAAAGACUUGCUUGUCAACAUCACAAAGCAUGCAUUGAGGCCAAAGCAUCAAAUUCUCUCUGACGAAGAGAAGCAAAAGCUUUUGGAGAAGUACAACUUGGAGGAGAAACAGCUUCCUAGGAUGCUACAGAAGGACGCAAUUGCCCGCUACUACGGACUUGAAAGAGGACAGGUUGUGAAGGUUACGUACACCGGUGAAAUCAUUGAGACGCACGUUACAUACCGUUGUGUUUGGUGAUGUGCUUUUGGUGCAAGAUUUUAUAACCCGGGCAAAAAAUGAUUCAAGAAUGAUCUAAACAUUUUAAGGCAUGUAUGAUUUUCUGUUAGUAAAUUUGAUGAUUCUUAUCUACUAACUCAUCUAUACCAACCCAUCCCAUUACCCAUUGGGUGGGGUGUAGUGGAUUUUGGGGUUAGAAGUAUUACUCUUACGAACGAAGCACCAACGAAGCACCGUACGUGUCACACAUUAUUUUAAGGUAAAAAAAAUUGUUGUGUUUUU